UAUAUAUUGCUUAUAUCAUGAUCAUAUGUAGUAAUAGUAAUUCGCCAAAACUUAUUACUCAUGUGUCAUCUGAUUUGACUUCAAUAUACCAUCAUCGGUCUGUUCAAAAGCAACUCUGAUAGGUUGAUGUAUUCAUAGAUUUUAUGUCAAAAUGUCAGCUUAUGGUCAUGAGAUGGAAAGAGAGUAUUCCGCGAGUCUAUCAAGUGGUGAAGAAUCUGAUAUGGGAAGUGAAUUUAGGAUGGAAUCCGUUAUCUAUAUGUCUUCUUUCGCGGCAACUGUCUUUGUUGGUGCACUUGUAACGGUUGGGGUCUUGUUGAUGACUUCAAUAAUUUCAUUGGUGGUUAUGUUACAAUCAUGUCAAAGUAAGAGCUCUGGGACUAUUGAGAUGUCAAAAUCGGUUGAUGAGUAUUAUAGUGAUCGUUAUGAGUAUUGCAGAACGGGUUAUCUACACGCAGAGCUUAAUAAUUUUGAAUUAUACUCUGUGCCUGAAAUUUGUAAAGAUGUGAUUCUUAAGUAUAUUAAAGAUGGUCAUUAUAUGCGAGAAUUGAGUAUUGUGGUGUCAACUAUUGAAGAUUAUUUCAAGAAUGUAGCACCAAAUGUUGGUGGUGCGGAUGUGGUGUUAAUGGACAUAGAUGACUUGUUAAUCCAUGGAUUCCAUCACAAUGGUCGUCAUGGCAGUGGUGUUAAAGAGGCAGAACAUCUUAAACAUGUGUUCUUGUUGCAAAUUUACAGUAAACUUCGGUCUGGUGGAUGGUCGUUGGUUUUAUGUUCAAGGGAGCAUGAGAAACAAAGAAGUGUGAUUAUCGACAAGCUUAUAGCAGCUCGAUGUGAAGGUUGGUCAAAAUUGAUCAUGAGAUCAGAUGAGGAUAUGAAAAAGGAUACCCGUGAGUAUUUCUCCAAACAGAAGGCGAUGGUGCAAGCAAACGGCUAUAACAUAAGAGCUGUGAUUAGCAGUCGUAUGGACAUUUUAGUUGGCCCGUUUAUCAGAACACAACUCUUUAAGCUUCCAAAUCCCUUCAUGACAUUAGAAGAGGAAAGCUAAUGUCUUUUGAUAUGGCCACUUUCUUCAAAAUUGUAUAUAAACUCAUAGGAUAACAUCAACAUAAGAUUAUUUAUGGAGCACGAUCUACACAAACCUGGCCAGAUGGAUAAUUGUUACUGAUGUAAAUUUGUUUUUAAAUUGAAAAAAAUCAGGCUCAUAGACAUUUUUAUGUGAAAAUUGAAGGAAAGUCUACCACUUUUUGCAAACAGGAGCAAAAUGUGUAGAUUUCAAGUCAUUUAUAGAUAAAAAAUAUUGUUGA